CCACCCGCAUUUCCCCCACCUUCGCCUAGUCACCAACCCCGCCACCGUGCUUGCUCGUUCCUCCAGGCUAGCGCUUGCGAGCGAUGGACCUCAGCAAGGUGGUCUCCAGCUCCGCGGCCUCGGUGGCGUCUCCCGCGGCACGGCGGCCCGGCGGCCUUGCCCGCGCGGGGGGAGGAGGAGGGCCCAGCCGCGUCGACCUCGGGCCGGCGAAGGCGCCGUCGUCGCGGCGGGCGCUGCUCGCGACCAACAACUCGGUCACCCCCGUCACCAAGGAGGAGAAACAGAGGAUAGAUCAAAGUGAAAUACUGACCUUGGACAACAUUAGAACCUCCUUGGUUAGGCAAGAAGACAGCAUCAUAUUCAGCCUCUUAGAGAGAGCACAGUUUUGUUACAAUGCUGAUACUUAUGACAAAAAUGCUUUCCACGUCGAUGGAUUUGAUGGCUCUUUGGUUGAAUUUAUGGUUAGAGAAACUGAAAAGCUACAUCAACAGGUUGGGAGAUAUAAGAGCCCAGAUGAGCACCCAUUCUUUCCAGAGGAUCUACCUGAACCACUGUUGCCACCUCUCCAGUAUCCAACAGUUUUGCAUCCUGUAGCUGAUUCUAUUAAUAUCAACAAGGAGAUUUGGAAAAUGUAUUUUGAUGAGCUUCUUCCAAGAUUAGUGAAAGAAGGAAGUGAUGGUAAUUAUGGAUCCAGUGCUCUUUGUGACACAAUCUGCUUGCAGGCGCUCUCCAAAAGAAUCCACUAUGGUAAGUUUGUGGCAGAGGCCAAGUUUCAAGAGUCUCCUGAAGCUUAUAUGCCUGCGAUAAUAGCACAGGACCGUGAUCAACUAAUGCACCUCCUCACCUAUGAAACGGUGGAGCGUGCUAUUGAACAUAGGGUGGAAGCUAAGGCUAAGAUCUUUGGACAGGAGGUGGAUAUAGGUGCUGAAGACAACGGUGCUCCGCCGGUGUACAAGAUUAGGCCCAGCUUGGUCGCUGAACUGUACAGCUACAGGAUCAUGCCGCUCACCAAGGAGGUUCAAGUAGCCUACUUGCUUAGGAGAUUGGAUUGAUUGUUUACGAUUGUAAACUGCCAGGUUCGAUUUCCUGGCAUGAAAGAAUAAAAUUAUGCGAACGACAACCAUAGGAUCCAUUUUGGGACAGCUGAAAGAAUAUUUCCAUUCGGGUUUACACUAUAUUUUCUGUCGCAAGAACAAGCAGGAGAUGAUAUGGAGAUUUUGCAUAUAAUAUAAUAGAUGUAUACCAUCCUUUUGCGU